AUGGAACAUAAUGGGUCUGCUUCAAAUGCCGAGAAGAUCCACCAGAACCGCCUGUCGGGCAUGGCCGAAGAUGAAGACCAAGACGCCGCCCUCACCAUCGUGACGGUGCUGGACAAAGUGGCCACCAUCGUGGACAGAGUGCAGGCGAGCCAGAAGAGAAUCGAAGAGCGGCACCGGGUGAUGGAAAACUCCAUCAAGUCCGUCCAGAUCGACCUGCUGAAGCUUUCGCAGUCCCACAGCAACACAGGCUACGUCAUUAACAAGUUGUUUGAGAAAACCCGGAAGGUCAGUGCUCACAUCAAGGACGUGAAGGCCCGGGUGGAGAAGCAGCAAGUCCACGUGACGAAAGUGGAAACGAAGCAAGAGGAGAUCAUGAAGAAAAACAAAUUCCGGGUGGUGAUAUUCCAGGAGGAUAUUCGGUGUCCAACUUCCCUGUCUAUUGUUAAAGACAAAAACAUAACUGAGAAUCAAGAGGAGGACGAUGAAGAUGUCUUUGAUCCCCCAAUAGAUCUGUCUUCGGAUGAAGAAUAUUACAUUGAAGAAAGCAGAUCCACGAGGCUUAGAAAGUCAGGCAAGGAGCGCAUUGAUAAUUUCAAAAAGGCAUUUUCCAAAGAAAACAUGCAGAAGACGCGGCAGAAUUUUGACAAGAAAGUCAACAGAAUGCGAACUAGAAUAGUGACCCCAGAGAGGAGAGAGAGGCUAAGGCAGUCAGGAGAGAGGUUGAGGCAGUCAGGAGAGAGGCUGAAACAGUCAGGGGAAAGAUUUAAGCAAUCUAUUUCUAAUGCAGCUCCCUCGAAGGACACUUUUAAGAUGCGUGGCCUUCGGAAAGCUAAAGGAGGAACGGUGGCCGAAGGUCCAGGAGAGGUCAAGGAGAUGGGCGUGGACAUCAUUGCCGGGAGCCAGUCUCUGGGCCCCAUCAGUGAGCUCUACGGCAAUGAGCUCAGUGAAACAGACCACGAGGAGGCCAGGGGGGUGCAUCCUCCCAGCGAAGGGGGGGAAAUCCCGACUCCUGAGCCGUUAAGAGUUACUUUUAAGCCCCAGGUGAGAGUAGAGGAUGACGAAUCUCUUUUGGUAGAUUUAAAGCAGUCUUCAUAGAGAGGAAUUAAGUAUAUUUUCAGUGUAAAUCACCUUAAUCACGCAGUUCCAGUUUAAGUAGUAUAGUCACU